CUUUAUUAGAAUAGUCAAAAUAAUUUGUUAGAUGUGGGUUUUGAUUUGUGGGGGUAACUCACUCGAGUGUGCGUGUGAAGUUAUUCGUAAUAUUCGGGAAUAUGUUCCCAUGGCCGGCAAUGGAGGAAUUCGAGCAGAAAGGCUGUACCUGGGCAUGGAUUUUGGUACUUCCGGCGCUAGGUUUUCCGUCAUCGAUGACCGAGGAGGGGUUCGGGCCGAGGGGAAGAGAGAGUAUCCCCGAUUCAUGAGGGAAGAGGGUAUGGACUGGGCAAGCUCAUGGAAAGCAACUCUUUUUUCACUGCUCGAGGAUAUUCCCAUUAGCAUCCGAUCCCUCGUCUCAUCCAUUUCGCUUGAUGGGACUUCCGGGACAACGUUGAUUCUAGGCAGUGGAAGUGGAGAACCUUUGUGUCGGCCUUUUCUGUACAAUGAGAGCUGCCCAGACGCUUUGCCUGAGGCAAGGAAUCAGCCGUAUUGUUGCAUCAGGCAGAUUGGUUGCUGUGGUUACUUCAUGGCAGACUCGGUGUCUCAGACUACAACAAUGCCUUAA